AUGCGCACACGGCGCCCUCGGCGGCUGAGGAGAGGAGGAGGAGGAGGAGGUGGAGAGGCGGAUGAUGGCGGCUGCCUCUCUCUGGAAAGGGCUGGUCGGGGUCGGGCUUUUCGCCCUGGCUCACGCGGCUUUCUCCGCCGCGCAGCAUCGGUCCUAUAUGAGACUAACGGAGAAGGAAGAUGAGACGUUGCCUAUAGACAUCGUUCUUCAAACUCUGCUGGCCUUUGCAGUUACCUGUUACGGGAUUGUGCAUAUUGCAGGAGAAUUUAAAGACAUGGACGCCACUUCAGAGCUAAAAAAUAAGACAUUUGACACAUUAAGGAACCAUCCAUCCUUUUAUGUAUUUAAUCACCGGGGCAGAAUGUUAUUCCAGUCCCCAGACACUCUCCACUCUUCCUCCAGCCAGGAUGUUUUGUCAUCCAGCACAUCACUGAAGUUGCGAAAACUUGAACCUCUGCACCGUUAAGAGAGUUUUUUUUUUAUAGACGAUUCUAAAAAUAGGACACUGAGCUGUAAUAUUGGAGCUGGAUAUAAACACUUUUUUUUUUUAAAUUUCUGGAGCAGUAUUUAUAUUGAUCUUCCAGGCUUUAGAGUAAUGUGCGUGCACGCCUGUGUUAUCUACACACAGGCGUGCGCACACAUACAUGAAUAUAUUAAAAAUAUAUUAAAAGGACUUUUGAACACUGGUCACAACUAAAAUUGUGAAUUGGCAAACCAUGAAAGUGACUGCUAAAAGUACGCAGUGAAAUAAUGCAUUUUACCUUUCAUUAAAGCACUAUGGUUAAAUCGCUUCUGGAUUAUCAAAAUCUGUGUCACCAAAUGCAGAUGGAGGUUUUAAUGGACUAGACAAGCACAGAAAAGGGUAUGUUGUAUUAUUUCCAGCGGAGUCCCUGACACGACGUGGUAGUUUCUGCAUCUCGUUUGUGGGUGGUCUAUGUGGAAUAUCUGGCCAGCAGAGCCAGUCAGGAUUAAUCUUUUACAAGUAGGAAUUUAGCCAACAUUUUGCCAAAGGGGUAUGGACUUAUCAGUUAGCCAUUGACUGCAAGUUCCCCGAAAUGCUCAGAGAUUAUGAAAAGUGUAUGCUUUUUGAGAAGUCACAAUGAAUGGCCAGGUCUUAGGCUAAGCAGGACACAGAACUGAAUCAGCUGCAAUCCAUCCACUUCUGUCAUCAAGCUCUUUAUUUAUAUCAUCAAGGUGACAGGCGGCUGGGGAAGACUUAGGGAGGAAGUGGUUUGAUAGCAUGCAAACUCUGCAGGCGGGAAAGACUUAGCAUUGUGUCUUGUAAUGAUUUCGUGAUUUAAUUUUUUUUUUUUGAUAGUGCCUUUUGAUUUGGCUCCCACUCGUACGUGCCGAUAAAAACAGGAUGAAGGCAGAUUUGCCCGUAGGGUUGCCGUUUUGAGCAACUGAACACGUUGAACUUGUUUUUCCACUGUGUUACUUCAAAAAACAAAAAACAAAACCCUAAUUGAUGCGAUCACCGGACUUCUUCCAGAAUUACCCACUUUGCAAUAUUUUGGGGGUGGGGAGGGCAUUCCCUUCGGCUCUGGCUCAGUACAUGCUUUGCUCCAAGCUUGAUUUUUUUUUCUUCUUCACGGAAUGUAACCAAUUUCAAAAUUAGCAACUCGAGAUGUAGAGAAGUUUGAAUGUCUCGUCUUGGAGCGCAUUGCCCCGUGCGUCUCCAGGGAUGAAAGUCUCGGGCUCCAAAUGGGUGAGAAGUCGGGUGUGCCGGCGGUUAAAAUAAAAAUGCAUGCACUUUGCAGAGCCUGGGAUAGGAUCUUUCCCUUAGAUCAGUGUUUCUCAACCUUGGUAGCUUGAAGAUGGGUGGACUUUAACUUCCAGAUUCUGGGAGUUAAAGUCCACCCAUCUUCAAGCUACCAAGGUUGAGAAACACUGCCUUAGAUGGCAAACCACUCCAGGGCAGGACUAUACAAAACCCAGCAGCUUUUUUAAUCUUAUCUUAAGAGAAAAACGGUGCUCUGGCCAAAGGAUCACAAUGCCAGACUUGACUCUUUCUUAGGUGAAACUUAUCAGACAUCUGUAAGGCAGUUGCAAAGCUCUGUUGGUCACCUUCCUCCUAAUAUCCUAGUAUUAAGAUACCUGCUCAGAGUAGCUGCCCGUUGGUUAUUAUGUGUGUCCCCCCCCCCCCUUCCUUUCUGGGCGAUUGUUUCUUCUAGCAGGUUUUUAAUUGUCUUGUAUCCAAGUAACUCUCCAGCCCAAAAUUCAAAGCAAUUAGGUGGGCAGUUCAUAGGGAUCGUGACAGCCAAAACAGCUCUAUAAAAUGCCAGUGAUUUGCUCAUGCAGUGUUUGCUGUUUUAGUAUACGCUGACGGUUUUGCCAAGGACUUGCGAAUUGUGCUACAAAGAGGCAGCCUUUUCUCUCCAAAGCCCAGGAUCUUUCCAUGCGUUUUGUGUUCUGGAUUUUGCACUCUUGUUCAAGCACCUUCUAGGUCUCUAAAACUUGCAAGGAAUAAACAGGUUCCCUUUCACUAUCAGUGGUUAUUUUACAAAUGUGCAAAUUUUGUUUCUUUCCCUUUUUGGUCUUGCAACGUCCAAUAAAGAACUAAUAUUAUUCCAAAA